UAAAAAAAUGUCCAUCAAUCCGUGGGUUGACGAUCAGUUUUCCGUCAAUAUUUACCAGAUUGAUGGAUCCAAGAUGGAUCAGAUUAAUAAACAACUGAUCGUGUAACCUACGUCAACGGGCCAAAAUUUUGACCAUGGUCAAAUAUAAAAAUAAAUGAAAAAUAUUGACAAAUUGGUGAAUUGCAAAGAGGAAAGUGCACGUUUCUAUACGAUUAUAAGAUUUAUUAUUUGUUGUGGAAUAUUCGUGAUUUUUGAAAGUGUAGUUACAAUGAUAACUGAUAUUUCCAUAAAUUUACCAGAUGUUUCAGCAUCAAUGCUUGAAACGGAUUCAACCGAGAAAGAAAAAAACGUUGUUGCCCGACUGACUCUUACAAAGGAACAAAAAAGCGAACUUCGUAAAGCUUUCAACUUGCUCGACUUUGCCGGCGAGGGAAAAAUCAAAGCGGAAGAUUUUCGAGUGGCUGUAAAAGCUCUAGGUUAUGAACCAACCAAAGAAGAAUUAUUAUCAAUGAUUAAUUCCGUUGAUAAAGGCAAAACAGGCGCACUAAGUUACGAAAACUUCGAAACAGCCAUCAUGCGCAAGAUAAUGUCUUUAGACAGUGACGACGAUAUUAUGAAAAGUUUUCACCUUUUCGAUACCGAUAAUACAGGUAUGAUAAGUUUUGAAAAUUUGAAGAAAGUAACCGAAAUUCUGGGUGUUGAUUUGACUGAUGAAGAAAUUGAAGAAAUGAUAGAAGAUGCUGAUAAAGAUUUUGAUGGUUUGAUAUCUGAACAAGAAUUUAAGAAAAUUAUUAAAAACGCCGUCUACAUUGCAACUCCUUAAACUGAAUAAAACUCUUAUA